CCAUGGCGGCCAUGAUGGCGGCUCUGUGCACCUCUAGUAACCGGAAGCGGAAGUGACGUCUGACACAGCUCUGGGACCGCGUUGGAUGUCCGGUUGAAACAGAGAUGAGCGGGGAGAACGUGAAGUUGUUUGUGGGGAAUCUUCCUUUAGAUGCAACUCACGAAGAGCUCACCAAGCUCUUUGGGCCGUAUGGAGAGAUCAACACCUGCUCUCUGCUCAGACAGUAUGCCUUCGUCACCUUGAAGGGAGAGGGGGCAGCUGACAGGGCCAUACGACACCUCGAUGGUAAAGAGUACAGAGGCAGGCCCCUGGUAGUCGAGGAGUCACGUGCACGCCCGCCCAACUCCACUAAAGUGUUUGUCGGGAACCUCAGCGCCACAUGUUCAGCAGAUGACCUCCACGGGCUUUUCUCAACCUUUGGAAGAGUUCUUGACUGUGAUAAAGUCAAAGCGAGACUAUGCUCAAAUGUCGGCUACGCGUUUGUGCACAUGGAGAGGAAGGAGGAGGCCGUUGUAGCGAUUGAGGCUCUCAAUGGGACCAUGUACAAGGGCCGUCAGUUAGCUGUGGAGCUGUCCAAAGCUCAGCCUUUGAUCAACCAGAUUGUAUCAGCCGGUGGCAGGGAGGGUCUUCUUCCUCGACCACAUCCAUCAUUAGAGCAUCAUCAGAGUCAGGCAGCUGUGCUCGCAGCUGCUGCAGCUGCUGCUGCCGGACUACCUAUACAAGUUCAACAAAGCGUCCAUAACUCCUUCUAUAACACCACAUCCUUCGACCCGACCUACGCUGCUCUGAAGGGGAUAACAAGCUCUAAAGGUGCUGACGGAGUGAUAUACGGCGCUCUCGCCAGCCAGGUGUACGGAACUGUUGCUGACCAGGUGUACCACGAUAUAGCCAAUCACAAUCCAGGAGUCAGUACGGUUGUUGAAGAAGUAGAACCUCAGCCGAGCCCAGAUCCUACGACUCUCUUUGAGGCUGCAAGAGCCAAGUUCUUCCAGGAGGGACAGAAGGUUUUGGCAGAGCAGCAGGCUGGGAGGAAGGCAGCAGCUGCAGAAAAUGAGCGGGAUCGCAGCCCAAUCAGAGGAAACCGAGCCCCCCUCCUCCCUGACCCAGUGCCAGGUUCCUUCGCUCAGGCUCGACCCAAACGCCGCGCGCUGCUGCCGACGCCACCUGGAGCACCUGAGGAGGCUGCGCCUGCAGCCACCACACCUGAAGGGUCAGAUCCUGUAGCUAGGUCUUACUCAGAGUACUACCAGCAAAUGCAUCAGUACCAACAGUACCAACAACAGUACCAGCAACAGUACCAGUACCUCCAAUAUGCCUACACCAACCCUCCCCCUCCGCCCCCUCCUCCUCCAGCCUCCACACAGCACCAGGCCUCCACGACAGCCCCGCCCCCUCCCGGAACAUACUCUGCACCCCCGACCUAUGCCGCACCGGGUGCCUACGGACCGCCCGGAACGUACGACGCCGCGGGAGGGUACGCCGCCUCAGCCGGGAGCUACAACGCGUCAACCGGGAGCUAUGAUGCCUCGUCAGGAAGCUAUGACACAUCUGGCGGCUACGGGGCAGCGGGAGCAUAUGAUUCAUCGGGAGCUUAUGCAGCAGCAGGAAGCUACUCCGCAUCCACACCGUAUGAGCAGACACCCGCACACGGGCAACCCAUGCCCCAGCGCCAUGAUUACCCUUACCACACGCCAGAACCUCCUUAUCGAUAGUCCCAGACCCCCAACACUCCUUCCACACUGCAGAUGUGUGUGUGUGUGCGUGUGCGUGUGUGUGCGUGUGUGUGUGUGUGUGUGUGCAUGUGUAUUUACAAAAGGGACAGUUUAAAGAGGAAGUGUGGACCGUGAGCGAGGUUGUAAUUCCAACAUGCUUUUAACUUUAAAGCGUGUCUUUUCACGAUCGUACGCGAGUCUCCAACGAGCUCUCGUGUCAGUUGUUGGCUACUGAGUUGAGUGGUUGAUUCCACAGGUGAACAGGGUCUGUGGACGGGUAGACUGAGGUGGAUGAUGACCAUAGAGGCACAGCUGGUUCCUUGUGGAAUGUUAAAGAAGCUGAAAUGCUUCAGAGUACAAAAUAAAAGCAGUGAAGUAGGGAAAGCAUUUUAUUUGUACAAAAUAAAACCCAGUUUUUUACUCAAAACAUGCAGAAUUAUCCUCCUAAACUUUAACACAUCAGUCCAAAACUGCCAUCCCUUUUAUUGAUCUCAUCCGAGGUGAAGAUCUAGACCCACACAGGAGCCCCCUUUGGAAUAUGUUACGGUCUUCAGUUCAGAUUCAGACCACCCUCCACCUGAUGGGGGGGAUACACGUCGGCAGGAAAGUGAAGCAGAACUUUGAAGUAGUUGAUCGGUCAGGUUGUUGUUGUUGCCUUUGCUGGAGACUCUUAUUUUGUAGAGAUGAAGAAUGUUUGUUUCGGUUCGGGUUGUCUGGAAUGUGUUUCUUUAAGUGGCGAUCUAUUCAAACCCACGUGUGACUUUUUAAACUUCGACACCAGGGUAAAAACACAGAGCGGAUGUCUGAGCGUUUUCGAUGAAAUCAAAGUUUAUAACUUGGAUGUUUUCCCAGAAGUUUUCUCUCUUUUCCCAGAAUCUCUGUCCAAACAAGGCCAAAGAUUGUUCCCUCUAGAUCUUCAAACUGGGACCUCUGCAGUCUAUUCCUUUCUCUGAUCCUGAGGAGACUCUUCCUCUCGCCUCGGUUAAUCCUGUUUGAUCCCAGGUUUGUUUUUAUGUUGACUGAAGAAGCGUUGAUUUUUGGUUCUGUAUACAUUUUAAUUUAUAAAAUCUAGACGGAUGUCAGUGCGCAUUUUUGGCCAAUUAUGUUAAAAAUGAGCGAGUGUACAUGAUUCUUUAAUAUCUGAUUCAUUUUGUGACAUUUUCUAUCACAGGCGUUUGUUUCCGGUGUCUUGCUUCUGCUGCGACGUCUUUAGAGGAGAAGUUCGGCUUGUUUUCGUACCGAAGAAUUAAAAGAUUUGCUACUCGUGUAAAUACUUCAAAUCUUAUUUUAGAAUGAAAAAAAAAAAACAUGCCAGAUUUGGUGAAACAAGGAAAACAUUGACUGUUAAAGUUAAGAUGAAGUGAUUGUAUAUCUUCCCCAACGGUUUGAGAGGAGUUGAUGAAGCGGGUCAGCUCAGAGGUCGUUCUGAAGAAGUGGUCUGCUUCGGUUUUGUGGUUUCGGUUCUUAAAAACAGGCGGGUAGUGAUUCACGAUUCAAGCUGAGCGCAGGUAUCCAUGUGUUUCUUUGAACAGCUGUGCAGUGGUGUGUUGCUGCCGUCUGUAGGGUCAUUGACCGAGUGGAUUUGAGGUGAAAGUCUUCGUGCUGAAGGUUGUUUAGACUCUAACAGAGGUCACUGAUAUCCCUGAGCAGCAGUGAGAAGGGCCAACGACCUCUUCCUCUUCCCUCUUCUCAUCUCAGCAGGAACACACACACCUUAUUUUGACACUUUGGCUUCUCUGCAUUGAUAAUAUAUAACCCUCUGACAACUCCACUGUUACUGUUAUUCUAACUGGGUUCAUUGCAGAUCACACAUGAGUCUAAUACAAAUGCACACCUGGUUCCACCUGUAUUUUCUGACUUCUAGCAUCUGUUCGUUCGUGAUCAUACCACACACUAGUUAUUCAUCUGAUUUCUUCUUAUUCACCACUUGAGUUGGUAGUGCUUUGUUAGGCUUAAGUGACACACAGCCUACAUUAUUCCACCUUCUUCCAUGUGAACUGUUAGUUGCAUGCCUUGUUGUUGCUGCUGCUCCAGCCACCUUCUUCCUCUUGCUGAUUAUUGCAGCUAGAGUGGGAGGGAGCCAAACUGAGCCCUUGCCCUGGACGUACGCCACACGCAGCUCUAGCGUGGGACGGGGAAAACAGCAGCGUUAGGCCUGAAAAUGCUGUGGACGAUGGGGUGUCCCCCUACUAAGGUAAACACUCAGACCACACACUCCUGCCCCUCCCCGAAACACGCGUACAAACAAACACACACUCAUACAUUCACACAGAUACACCUGUGUCAAUACUUCCUGUUCCUUACCUGUGUCUCCGGGAGUUAUUUGUCAGGAUUUCAGAUAUUUUUGCAAAACGGAUCCUGCCGUCAGUUUUUAAGGGAAGACCGCCAUUUUCCUGAUUUAUAUCCUCAAAUUUUUCCCCCCAAGUUCCCCCCCGCUCAUACAUUCCUGCUCACAAACACAAGAUGGAGACGCCUUAGUCUAAAUCCGCACCCUCUCUGAGGCAGUCGUGAUGUUGUAAGUACAUCCUGUACCCGACAGCCUGUCGUUCAGGAGCACCAGGCUAUCGCAGCCAGAGCUGGACAUGGGACAUUAAGCUAGGAUGGGUUGUUUUAGUUUUUGUAAAUGCGCCCCUGGGGCCACUUUGGGGUUAAGUGCCUUGCUUAAGAGCACAUCGGUAGGCCCUUCAUUUCAGAGUUGAAUAACCUGGCUCAGGAUCGGUUGCUGGUUCAACGCUCAACUUCCCCCUGCCCCUUAAAACGACGAUUUUUGAUGCCGCAUUCAACUUGUUUGAAUGACAAUGAAAACAAAUAUUACAUUUUGUUUUAAAUUACAUUUUGUCCUAUGUUCUUUGAAAUGUUUAAUUAUCAAUAAAUGAAUUUCAACAGAC